AUGUCUGCUGAUACAUCUGUUGAUAUCAAUCCAAAUAUUCAAUCAGAAAAUGAUGCUAGUAGAAGAGUACUGUUUCGUACUAAUGUUUUCUUCAAACAACUUAUUGAGCGUAAACCAAUGGAGAAAUUACAAGCUGAAAUUGAUACACAAAAUGAAUUGAGACGUGAUAUAGGUUGGAUUCAAUUACUUGCUAUUGGUCUUGGUGCUACUAUUGAAUAUUUGGCAUGGUUUAUUGGGUGGAAUUCUGCACUACUUUAUCUAUUCGCCGUUUUGACAGUGUCGGUUUCUUGGAGCAAGCAUGUCACCCUACUUGUUGAUCUUGUGUCUGAUUAUAAUGUAACAAGCAUGAUUCUUCAAGCACCAGUUGUUUGGGACCAAGACGCGGAAUGUUUUUUAGGAACUGGUCAAGUGAUUAAUUUACCUGCUAUUGCAAUUACUAUUGCUAUUACAAUUCUUCUUAUUAUUCGAAUUCGUCAAAUGGCUAUAGUCAAUCUCGUGUUGGUUGUGUUUAAAAUUACUAUACUUUUAAUAUUCAUUUUUGCUUGUUGUCAAUAUGUCAAUCGAAAUAAUUAUAUUCCAUUUUUUCCAGCUAAUAAAGGUAUAUGGUUUGAAUUUGGAAUAACAGGCAUGCUACAAGCAUGUACUUAUGUUUUCUUUGCUCAUGUGGGUUUUGAUUCAGUUUCAACAGUAGCACAAGAAGCAAAAUCACCAGAGAGAUUGCUGCCAAUUGCUAUUAUUGGGUCAACAGUUAUUUCAUUACUCUUGUAUAUUGGAAUAUGUACUGUGAUGGUUGGAGUCGUUCCAUACAACUUAUUAGACUCAGAUAGUCCUCUUUCUCAAGUAAUCAAAGUUACACCUUAUGGUCUUUGGUUAUCAAUUCUUAUGGAUUUAGGUGCUAUCGCAAGUCUUACAUCUGUGGCAUUGACUGUGAUGCUGUCACAGACUCGAAUAUUUUAUGCUAUGGCUCAUGAUGGUUUACUACCACCAAUCUUUGCUAAAAUUUAUCCACAGACGACAACUCCAUUGGUUUCUAUAUUGAUUAGCGGUACAUUUUGUGCUGUUUUGUCGGGUAUCUUUCCAGUAGAUAUUCUUGGUGAAACAACCUCCAUUAGUGCUCUAAUUACAUAUAUCUUCGUACAUAUUACGGUCAUCGUUAUGCGCUAUACUCAUAGAAAUAUUCCACGAACAUUUGAAGUACCAUUUGGUUCAUGGCUAAUCCCGACUACAGGUUCCUUACUUUGUAUACUUCUUAUGAAAGGUAUAACAAAAGCAACAGGCUAUCGAUUCCUGGCGUGGACAGUAUUAGGUCAAAUUAUUUAUUUUUCCUAUGGUUUUUGGCAUUCUAAACAACGAAAACUAAUAAGAAAUGAAUCAAAUUUAAGUAGAAUUGAGCUUGUACCGGCAGUAGAAAGUAUUAUGAAACAAUAUUCACAAAAUGCAUCUGAACCGGAUUUAGUUACUGAGCAAUACUGA